CUAUCUGAGCUGUGCUGACUCACUGCUUUGACUUGCUCCCCCGAUCUCGCUGGUCCGUCCGUCCCCUCAUCGGAAGCGGCCGGCAGCGAUGGAGAGCCUGCUCUCCUUCGCCGCGUCCCACGAGACGCUCCCGGAGAGCUUCGUCUUCCCUCCCGACCAGCGCCCGCCGGCGUCCUCCGCGGCCGUCUCCCUCCCCGUCAUCGACCUCUCCCGCGACCGCGACGAGGUGCGCCGAGCCGUCCUCGACGCCGGCAAGGAGCUCGGGUUCUUCCAGGUGGUCAGCCACGGCGUGCCGGAGCAGGCGAUGCGGGACAUGGAGGCGGCGUGCGAGGAGUUCUUCCGCCUGCCAAUGGAGGACAAGGCGGCCUUCUUCUCCGAGGACGCCGGGAGGCCCAACCGCCUCUUCUCCAGCACCACCUACGGGACCGGCGGCGAGCGGUACUGGCGCGACUGCCUCCGCCUCGCCUGCGGCUUCCCCGUCGACGACGACGCCAGGAACGGCUGGCCCGACAAGCCCCACCGCCUCCGGGAGGUUGUGCAGCGGUUCAUCGCGCCGACGAGGGCCGUGGGGAUGGAGCUGCUGCGGCUGCUGUGCGAGGGCAUGGGGCUGCCGCCGGACCACUUCGACGGCGACAUCAGCGGCGGGGACGUCAUCGUGAACGUCAACCACUACCCGCCAUGCCCGGACCCGGCCCGAACGCUCGGCCUGCCGCCGCACUGCGACCGCAACCUCAUCACGCUCCUCCUCCAGGGGAACGUCCCCGGCCUCCAGGUCUCCUACCACGGCGACUGGAUCAACGUCCAGCCCGUGCCCAACGCCUUCGUCGUCAACUUCGGCCACCAGCUCGAGAUCGCGACGAACGGGCUGCUGAAGAGCAUCGAGCACCGGGCGACGCCCAACGCGGCGCUGCCGCGGACGUCGGUGGCGACGUUCAUCAUGCCCACCGAGGACUGCCUCGUCGGCCCCGCCAAGGAGCUCGUCGGCGAAGACAACCCGCCGCGGUACCGCGCCGUCACGUUCCGCGAGUUCAUGCGCGUCUACAAGACCGUCGGCGCGCGGAGGGAGAGCGUCGAGAAGGCCUUCAAGAUUUGACCCGCUCAUGUUCUCCCCUCGCAGUUGUUGGCCCCGAGGCCAUGGCCGAUGAGCUGAUCAGCGAGUCUAGUAACAAUGCAAGUGUGUUCAUCUGGCCGCCGAGAAUAGAAAAAAAAAACCGAAUAAAAUUGAUCGAUAUGAAAUGGAAAUCAUAUCGCUGCUUGUUA